UUGAAAAUGACUAAUAUAAAUGUCUCCGAUCCAUUCAUCAAUAACUCAGAGUCCCAACCAUUUUUACCUCCAAAAAUUGAGGAACCUGAAAAGUCGAAGAAAACAAUCUUUGGACAAGAAGUUGAUUUUGAAUGUACAACGAGCAAAUGCCUAGACAUCAUAAAAUCUUACUUUCCGAUUUUGAGUUGGCUCCCAAAGUACAAAUUAAACUGGUUGCAAUGUGAUAUCAUUGCUGGUUUAACUGUUGGAUUGACUGUGAUACCACAGGGACUUGCUUAUGCUCAAAUAGCUGGUUUACCUGUCCAAUAUGGUCUCUAUAGUGCUUUCAUGGGUGGAUUUGUGUAUUGUAUAUUUGGCACGAGCAAAGAUAUAACGCUUGGACCAACAGCAAUCAUGUCAUUGUUAGUGCACACUUAUGGUGAUGGAGAUCCUGUUCAGGCUGUUUUGCUGACCUUUCUAGCAGGCGUAGUUCAAUUUGCAAUGGGGAUAUUACGUCUAGGAUUCAUUAUGCGUUUCAUUUCUACCCCUGUAAUCAGUGGAUUCACUUCAGCGGCCGCAAUAACAAUUGCUCUUGGCCAGUUCAAGCAUAUUUUUGGAGUGAAAACAACCUCUAGUAGUUUUAUACCGCAACUUAUCGAAAUGCUGAAAGCCCUUGGAGAUACUAAUGUAUGGGAUGUUGUAAUGGGUCUCAGCUGUAUUGCAUGCCUGGUGUUACUCCGCUAUAUAAAAGAUUGGAUUGAGCCUGAGUCCCCAGAUGAUAUCAUUUGUCAAAAAAUAUCGAAAAAAUUCGUUUGGCUUAUAAGCACAGCAAGAAAUGCUGUUGUGGUCAUAUCAGCUGCCUUUGUAGCUUAUGCAAUCCACUCUCAAGAUAUCACAUCAUGUAAAGUUGAAGACUGUGUUACCCUCACUGGAAAAAUUGAUGAAGGGUUGCCAGAUUUUAAGCCACCGGAAUUCAAUGAAGUCAAUGGAAACACUACAGUAACGACAAAGGAGCUUGUAAGCAGAAUAGGUGACGGCAUGUUUGUGAUUCCGUUAAUGGGACUCCUUGAAAGUAUUGCUAUUGGGAAAGCUUUUGCGAGAAAAAACGACUAUUUACUAGACACUAAUCAAGAAAUGAUAGCUAUCGGUGCUUCUAACAUCCUCAGCUCAUUUGUAUCAUCAUAUUGUGUUACUGGAAGUUUUUCUCGAACGGCUAUCAAUGCUCAAAGUAAUGUUAAAACCCCUGCUGGUGGGAUCUUCACCGGAGCGCUUGUGAUUUUAAGCCUCGCGGUCCUGACGCCUUCAUUCUACUAUAUCCCCAAAGCUGCACUCGCUGCCGUAAUUAUCUCCGCUGUUAUUUAUAUGGUUGAUUAUGCUACUGUAGUUACUUUAUGGAAAGUCAAGAAGAUUGACCUGUUACCAUUAAUUGCAACUUUUCUUGUGUGUUUCUGGCAAAUUCCUUACGGAAUCCUCGCUGGAGUUGCAGUCUCGCUUCUAAUCAUGUUAUAUCCAAAUGCUUUCCCGGGAAUCCCAUACAAAACCAUCACAAAUCGUGAUUCUGGAACUAAUGUCAUUAUAACCCCUGAAGCGGGUCUACACUACCCAGCUGCGGAAUAUGUAACUGAUAAGAUCAGGCAUCUUAUCUUCAAAAAGAUAAGCGAUCAAGAUAUAUCAACGAUUACUAUAGAUGCAUCGAAUCUAUCUCAUCUAGAUUACACUGCAAUUCAGAGCUUUAUAGAACUUGCUGAAGAGUUUAACAAACACGAUAUUAAAAUGACAUUCAUUAAUCUCAGUACAGAUAUGAUGGAUUCACUACAAAAAGCUGACCCAACUUCGAUCAUUAUAUUUGACAGUGAUAUUGAUGAUUCAAGCAGUUAAAAUUGUUCAUGAGUGGUAACUUGUUAUCAAAAGCUGCUUUAAAUAUGUCCCCACUAGUCUCACACUUAUCCUGAUUGUAUGGCAUUCUAAGCUUCUGCGAAAGCACAAUAUUUAUGCCCAGAACGUCCUAGCGUGAAUCUCACUUCAUAUGCUUACGUUAAACAUUUUCCCAACAAUAUACUCGGACACAACACUGAUUGACUAGCAAUAAUGGUAAGUCUAUACAGCAAGAAAAAACCUUAAAAAAUUUCAUAUAUAUUGUUCAUAAUGGAAGACCUUCUGAAUAUGGACAUAUGCUUGUUGUAUAUUCUCUGUUUCGUUCACUGGCAUACUCAUGAAUCACAGCAUUUUUUAUUACUUUACGCAACCUCUUAGUACCUUUAAUACCGACCAAUACUCCAUCUGGUAAAGUAUCUUAGCCCUGAACAAAGUUUUAGACAGACAUCUGCUUAUGUGAUAGAUAUUCUAUUUCUGGAGGAAUUAGAAUUUGUAUGGUUCAUCACAAAUAUCUGGAUAACUAAUCACAUACCUGACAUUGACUGGUAACCAGACCAGAUUGGUUCACCAUAUCUCUAGAAUAAUAUGCAAAUCUCAUUCUACUGUACUGUACCUACUGGUUCAUAUUAAUUUUAGUACAUAGUAGACAAGUUGAUUGGCACGAGGUUUGCACCCAAAACCUUCAUUCAUUCAUACCGCAUGACGACCACACUAAUCAUAGGAUUUGUCCAUAUCUGCAUAGUCAUUUACCAUUGUGUACCAAGAGUCAUUUCUGUAUUGGUAAGCUUUUUUUCGGUAAAUUUCAUUGAUAAUCUGUAGCCUAUCAAGUAUUUACUGUGUAUGUUCUAUUUAAUCUGUAUUAUUCUUUCAACAUUAUAUUGAUAUUCAUUUAUUUAUUCACAAUUAGCAUAUUACAUUAUUUUUGAUUUUCAAUACCUUUUAUAUAUAUUCAUUAGAACCUAUUUACUAUGCUUGCCAAAUGCCAUCAAAUAAUUGUGAUAGUUCAAUCUAUGCUGUAGCAAGUCUUUUGUAUUGAACUUACCAACAACAGAUUCCCUCAUUUCAUGUAUGUAUUCAACAUUACACGCUUUACAUAUAUCUACUACAUAACUUUGGAACGUUAUUAAAUAUAAUGCUAGUUGUCAGCUGUGGUCUUCUAACAUAGCUGUACACUAGUGGUGUCCAACCUUCUAUGGCUCGUGGCCCUCUGUUUAUCUUUCCAGUGGUAUUCAUAGUGCUACUUUGAUUGGUAGAUUCCAAAUUGCAUUAUGUUGAACAAUUCAUGCUCAACAAAGUAAAAACACUCUGUGAAAUAACCUUAUCAAGCAAUGAAACUAGGAAGAACGAGUGGUUUACGUAUGAAGUGGAAAGUAAAAUGAUUUUUGCGUCCAGCAUUCCCCCCAUCCAACUGCUCUGUGGCCCCUUGGGCAGCCACGAGCCCUCGGCUGGGAAUUGCUGCUGUGCAAUGUCAUUGUUCAGUUCAAUUACUUCAAUUUAUAUGAACGAGUAUAUGAUAAUACAUUUUCACUUCAGUAAAUUUUAGUACAUGUUACAUUUCUAUUAUAAAAUUUGAUUCAAAUUCAUCUGUAUUGCCAUUUCUGUGCCUGGUUUUGAAAUUUCUUAUAUUCUUCACAUUAGUGGUUUCCAAACUGUGCGAUAAUUUUCAAUGUACUGUGAAAUGUUGAUCCAUUUCAUAUGAAAUUUCAGAUAUUUUUCUGCUAUCCCCCCCUCCACCAUUGUUACCCCGCCCUGUUUUAAAAUAACAAAUUAGUAUUCAUCCAGUUAGGGUUAGGAAUGAUUUGAAUGGAAUUUGAUUUUCCAGUACAAUCUGCAUUGCUAACUGGGUAAUCAAAAAUAGGUAGUCAUUAAAUUAAUAAAACUAUGGAUAACUUUUGCCCACCCUGUAUAUUAAGGGGUGGGGGUAACUGGAAAAGGUCCAAUUUUUUUUCCUAUUGGCCUGUGUGUUAACUCAGACUCAAGAAAACUAAAGUUAGUUAACAGAAACACUGGUAUAUGAAAGCAUUUAUUAGUCUAAUGAGAAUUCUUAGUAAAGUUGGUGCUUACUCGUUUUCUGUCAAAAUUUUUUGAUAUUAACACCAGUAAAAGCCUGGAAGUGGGCCUCUGCAUAAUUUUAAAAUUUUUGACUCCCGAUUUAUAAAUAUGAAUUAGUCAUGCUAAACUUCAAUCUUAAUUAAUAGAUCAUCUUGACUACUUUGUUACUGGCAUUUUUGCUUUUCUCGAUUAUACUAUCAAAGUGCAAUAUUUUGUUAAUUUUUGAUUUUCUUA